CGGCGGUAAUGUUUUGGUGACGUCACCAAAGGAAAGCAGCCAGACUGGGUGGGCUGGGCUGGACCCCUGCUUUCUGGUGUUUUACGCCGCCGAAAAACACUGCUAUGAAUGUCUGAGCCCCGUACGUGGACACGCGGAGCUCCCAGGAUGAGUUAGAGGCCGUAUCCACCAGCUCCUCUGCUGUGUUGUUGGCGCAGGGAAACAUGGGUCUUGGCAGUUUCCGCGUCCUUCUGCUGCUCCUCCUGCGGGCUCUGCAGGCACCAGCUGAGGACUCAGAUGGACAGCUGGUGUGUCUUUGCGAGGGUCAGAAGUGUCCCCAGCCCCACCAGUGUCACGGCACCCACUGCUUCUCCUCGGUCAAAGUGAGCGGCAGCGGGGUGGAGUUUCAGCGCGGCUGUUUCGACGGCCAGGGGAAGACGCCUCUGCAGUGCUUCACCACUCCGUCCGUCCAUCAGAUCGUCCUCUGCUGCUCCCUGGAGCUGUGCAACGAGAACAUCACCGGCGGCUUCCUGAAGUCCCUCAUGCCGUCAGCCCCAGAGGGGGAGCCUGUCGGGUAUCAUAUGGACACGCUGGCGCUCUUCGUGCUCGCCCCGGUGGUCGUGCUGGUCCUGCUGUCCGCGGUGUCGGUGCUGGCCUGCAGGAGGCUCCACCGCGGCCGCCUGCAGAGGCUGCAGGAGUUCGACACCGAGCAGGGAGACGGCCUCAUCACCUCCAACGUGGGAGAGAGCACUUUAGCCGACCUGUUGGAUCACUCGUGCACAUCCGGCAGCGGCUCAGGUCUUCCCUUCCUCGUCCAGAGGACCGUAGCCAGGCAGAUCAGCCUGGUGGAGUGCGUCGGUAAGGGGCGGUACGGCGAGGUGUGGCGAGGCCAGUGGCAGGGGGAGAACGUCGCUGUGAAAAUCUUCUCCUCCAGGGACGAGAAGUCGUGGUUCAGGGAGACGGAGAUCUACAACACCGUGCUGCUGCGGCACGAGAACAUUCUGGGGUUUAUGGCGUCCGACAUGACUUCUCGAAACUCCAGCACUCAGCUGUGGCUCAUCACUCAGUACCACGAGAACGGCUCGCUCUACGACUACCUGCAGCGCGUCGCCGUGGAGACGUCGGAGGGCCUGGCGAUGGCGGUGUCCGUGGCCAACGGCCUGGUGCACCUGCACACAGAGUUCUUUGGCACCGAGGGCAAACCGGCCAUCGCACACCGAGACCUGAAGAGCAAGAACAUCCUGGUGACCAAGGAGCUGCGCUGCUGCAUCGCUGACCUGGGGCUGGCUGUGACCCACACGCAGGCCGACAACCUGCUGGAUGUGGGCAACAAUCCCAAGGUUGGCACCAAACGCUACAUGGCACCUGAAGUGCUGGAUGAAACCAUUCAGACCGACUGCUUCGACGCUUACAAGAGGGUCGACAUAUGGGCCUUUGGACUGGUGCUGUGGGAGAUAGCGAGGCGCACGUACAGCAACGGUAUCGUUGAGGACUACAAACCCCCGUUUUACGAUCAGGUGCCAAACGACCCCAGCUUUGAGGACAUGAGGAAAGUGGUGUGUGUGGAGCAGCAGCGGCCGUUCAUUCCUAAUCGCUGGUUCUCAGAUCCUACGCUCUCCGCUCUGGUCAAACUGAUGAAGGAGUGUUGGUACCAGAACCCAUCGGCCCGACUCACGGCGCUGCGCAUCAAGAAGACCCUGGAAAAGAUCCACAGCUCCCUGGAGAAGGGCAAGGAGUCGUGAAACGGAGGGGGGGCGCCUGCGUGACGUCAGAGACCCGCUUCAACGUGGGCGCGGAGUCCGUUGGAACAAGAGGCAACCUGGAGGAUGGACCGUCCUUCUCCUGCUCUCCCUUCUUCUCUGUGGUCGCCU